AUGGCGCCCAGAUCGUUCAUGGACUGCCCUCUCCAGCUGCAACUGGCUAUCUUGGACCAUCUAUCAGUUCACGACCUUCGCCAUCUAAGUGUCGUCAAUAAGGGCUUUCGGCAACUCGCUGAGCCUUGUCUUUAUUCCGACAUCCGACUGACGUGGUCUUGCGACCAGACGCCGCCCCUCACGCAGCUAGUGCGGACCAUUCUCGAGAGGCCUGAGCUCAGGCUUAAUGUCCGCCGCCUGAACCUGGAUGGCAGUGGCUUCACAGAGAGCUUCACCCAUGCCGACAUCGAGCCACCCCCCUUGCCCAUCUCUGCUCUCCCGGUGACCGCAGCAGCUGGGCAGAUUAGAUCAACCGGCGUACCUGGAGCUGACCAGUGGAUUCGAGAGUUGCAAGCUGGCGCAGUCGAUGCACUGGUCGCCCUGCUCAUCUCUACGCUACCCAACCUGAGACACCUCUGCCUCGAUUCUAAUUUUACGAUUGAGAGCUUCCAUCUAGGCGCUGUCUUCAGGUGCGCUAUACAAGAUGGCGGGCGAGAGGGAUCAACGCUGCCCAAGUUCCAGUUUCUCAGAGACGUCACAUUCGCCCGCAGGACCCAUGAAUGGCGCCACCGGAGCGUCAACAAUACGCCUGAUGUGCUACCAUUCUUCUCGCUUCCGGCUAUCCAGAGCCUAUCUGUAUCCAUCGACAACCCCGUAAACUGGCCAUUUACGCUGGCCAACUCGACUCUAACAUCGCUCAAGCUAUUCAGGCUUCGAGAGACACAACUUGAGUUUCUUCUCCCGUCGCUGAAAUCACUUCGGAAGCUACAUUGGAAUUGCUAUUAUCAAGAGAACCUUGACAACUUUGCGAGCAAGGAUGUGAUUGACCUCGACGUCCUAGUCGAGGCGCUGCAUCAUGUGAGCGAGACGUUAACAGACUUGAUCAUCGAGCCUGAAACAGACCCCGAUUAUUUAAGUGGGCAAUACGAGGCACCGGACCGCGAGAUUCGGGGAUCGUUACAGGGCCUCGCGAAGAUGGGACAUCUUCAAAAGCUCGAAAUCCCAUGGGCUUUCCUCAUGGGGCUGGCCCCAGACUCUGCGCUGAAGACAGCUGUGCGCCUGGGGGAAGUGCUCCCUCCUAGUCUUGAGAUGCUCACUUUGAAUGAUUGUCUGCUGAACUAUGAGCUAUGGGACUGGCAAGACGAGAUAUUUGUUAGUGGGAUCAAAGCCGUGCUUGGUAAUGAGGAUACCAUGUUAACGUUGCCGAAACUGCAGUGUAUAGAAAUGCCUUUUUCAUCUUAUAGUACUUGCGGUGAUAGCAUAUCUGACGAGCUCAGGGCUGAGCUUGACCAGAUGAGUUUGCAGUCUGGUAUAACUUUAAGGGCAAUUUAA